AUGUGUUAUAAAAUAUGUUUCUUACAGGGGAAACUUGGAAACAAUUCACAAUUAGCUGUAUCUUUUGGAUUAGAUUUAACUUCAGAAAAAUUCUAUGACAAAUUAAAUGAUAUGAGAGAUUUUAAGGAGUACUAUGGCCAUUGUGAAUCCUUAGAAUCUCUGAAAAAUGGCACUGACGUUAAAAUAAACUGUGCAAAGGUUUUAAAAUAUAUAAAAACUUAUUCAGAUUAUAUAAAUAAGAAUGACGCCUAUGACAUAUGCCUACUUUUAAAUUAUUGGUUAGCAAGUAGAUUAGGUGCCCUUGUUUUUUACAGUAAUCCUUCAUAUGUGAUGGAUGCCUUUUUGAGAAUUACAUCAAUAUGGAAUGAGUUUAUUGUAGACGAAAUAAAGAAAACUCAUGAUAAAACAUGCAAUCCUGAUGCAAGUAUUAUUGCUCUUCGUGACUGGAGGCUAAGGAAGGAAGUUUAUGAUUACUAUGUGGACUAUGAUUACCUUCUUCGUAUGUCUGAUAUAUCAAAAAAAUCCAGAGAUUAUUGUGCUUAUAUUAGAACAAAAGUUGCAUUAUAUGAACAUUAUAAUACUGUUUGUAUUUCAGAUGAAACACCUUUCUGCGAUAAAUUUAAAAUUAAAUAUAAAUAUUGUGAUCCAAAAGAGCUUUUACUUAAGUUUGAAUGUGAAGAAGAAAUGAAGCAAAUGAGGUUAUUAGAAGAACAGGAUGGUAAAGAAUCAUCCCAAGAUGCACCAUCAGAAGGAACAGAGUCUGAACUUGAAACGUCAUCUUUUGGGUUGUCCUCAGAAGGAGCACAAACUGUUAACGAUUUACAGAAAAUAUAUAAUAGAUUUAGUCCUUUAAAAAAGACAGUAGGUGCAAUUUUGGGAAUCCUUGCUAUACUUAUGAGUUAUGCCUUUUUACAUAAUGUAAAGAAGCUCAUUAAUUUACAUAAAAUAUAUAUAUUUUUUACAUGCUUAGGAAGUUUUAUCCGUAAUAGAUUUUCUAAUAAAAAUGGUACAAGAAGUAGUAUAAAUUUUGAUUUUAAUGCAGCAUUUGAUUGUGCACAAGAAUUAUAUAAGCCGCGUUACAAUAUUAGAGAUGAACAUUAUAUAGGUUAUCACUCCUAUUAA